AUGGCCCUUGCUUUAAAGGCAACCACUUUAAAGAUAACCACUUCGUCUUCAUUUCCCGAAGCACGACAAAGAGUGCUUCAUUUAUAUAGGGACUGGCAACGGGCGGCACCAAAGAUAGUCAAACUAUACUGGCUCGAUAUUCCAGCUUCAGCUGUUAGGGCGAAAAUUCGGGAAGAAUUUGAAAAAAAUCGCUAUGUUAGUGAAUUAAAAGUAAUUGAUGUCCUGAUCCUUAAAGGUCGUGGUGAAUAUCAAGAAACUAUGAAUUUUUGGAAGAUGGAGACGCAUGUUUUGAGAUAUUUUGACAAGAAUCCUCCUAAAUCUAAAGGAUUUUUGGAAAGAUUUUAUG